AUGGCCAAUUUGACACUUCAGUCCAAGCACAAGCUCCUGUCGGGACAUGAGAUCCCGGCACUGGGAUAUGGAGUUGGUUACCCCGCAGACAGAGUCAUAACUGAAGCUUACGUGAAUAGUCCUUCAUCCGCAACCGAGAAAGCUACAACCGAAGCUCUCAAUGUUGGGCUCCGCCAUGUCGAUUCCGCGAUUAUGUAUCGCAACGAAAAGCCAUGCGGUAAAGCCAUUCAGAAAUCCGAGCUGGAUCGAUCGGAGAUCUUUUUUACGACCAAAAUUCCCCCGGAAGCUAUGGGCUACGAGUCCACGAAGCGGGCUAUCAACUCGAGUCUGCGGGAAGCAGCCCAAGACUACUUCGAUCUCAUUCUGAUUCAUGCUCCCUACGGUGGCAAGAAAGCCCGCCUAGGAUCCUGGGAUGCGCUAGUCGAGGCCCAGAAAGAAGGCAAGACUAAAGCCAUCGGUGUGUCCAACUACGGUAUCCACCACCUCGAAGAACUGGAGAACUACAUCCAUGGCGGCGGAGGUGGCCAGAUCGAUGUCGGCCAGUAUGAAUUGCAUCCGUGGCUCGAUCACUCCGAUAUUGUGGAGUGGUUGCAGAGUCGAAAUAUUAUCGUUGAGGCAUACUCGCCUCUUGCACACGGAAGUCGACUGAGAGAGCCAGUCUUGGGCUCCAUCGGGAAGAAGUAUGGCAAGACGCCGGCGCAGGUGUUGAUCCGCUGGAGUUUGCAGAUGGGAUUCGUGCCGCUGCCCAAAUCCGCUACUCCCCAGCGCAUUCGGGAGAACACCGAUGUCUUUGACUUUGAGUUGGCAGAGGAAGACAUGAAUUUGCUAGACACUGGGGAGUAUGAGCCCACGGACUGGGAUCCGACAGUUGAUUCGGAUUAA